AUGUGCUGCCCAGGAUCGGCCAUGGAACGGUGGACAGACUCAGAUAAGCGAUGGAUUCUGGUAGCCGUACACUGGGUGUUUCCUUUUGCUUAUAUAUUACCGGUCACUGGUCGUGAUAUAAUCGGAUUCAAAAACCCUACAACGAUGGAUGUGGCAGUGCGUCCAGAUUUCAUUAAUGAGCCAUGUACCUGUCAAACGCAGAACAGACUAGAUCUUACCGGUUCUGAAAUGAAGGGUCGAUCUGCUGGUGGCAUAGUUGCUGUCGGAAGGGCUGAAACAAAGGCACCACACGAUUUCAAAACUAAACGGUUCUUAAUGAAGAUCAUUACGUGGAAUCCAUCUCCAUCCUGGCAACGAGGGGAAAAAGCAGUAUACUCUGGGAAACGGCGCUUGGUAUUUACAAGUGAUCGUUUGUACUGGCGAAUCAUCUGA